CUAUAAAUGAGCACAAGUCGUAUCAAUUGCAAGAAAAUUAAAUUGGGAUUAUAUCUUGAGUGGAAAAAAAGUGCAGUUUUGUCCGAAUAAUUGGAAGGUUAGCUUAACUAAGUAGAACAUUUUUCUUUUGGAAACAUGGAGAUUUCAACCUUCAGAAACAUAGCUGAUUUCGGAAUGGAUGAUCCUCUAUUCUUCCAGCAAUGGCAAGUGGACCCAAUGGAAGAUUUCAGCUCGAUUUCUUGUGCAUUUUCCGAAGGCUUUCAUCAGUCCUACACCCAGCAGCCUCUGCUGGACUUCAAGAGGCCGGCGGAGGCGUCUCCGGCGGGCGAAAGCCGGCCAUCGAAGCAGCUGAGAACCUCAAACUGGUGCAAGCAAGAAAGAAUGUCAAACUCACCCCCUCCAACCAGUCCUAUUGUGGGAGUUGUGAGGCCUCUUAAAGAGGAAGCAUGGUUCUCUCCUUCCACUCUCACUGAUAAUCAAUCUUCAAACUAUGUGCUGAAGCCAUGCCAAGGGAUCAAGAGAGUCACCCCCAACACCAAGCUCUCUCAAGCACAAGACCACAUCUUAGCUGAGAGAAAGAGGAGAGAGAAGCUCAGCCAGAGGUUCAUCGCCUUGUCUGCCCUAGUCCCCGGUCUCAAAAAGAUGGAUAAGGCUUCUGUUCUUGGAGAUGCUAUCAAGUACAUGAAGCAGCUCCAGGAAAAGGUGAAGGCGCUGGAGGAGAAGGCGAAGAAGACGACGGCUGUGGAAUCCGUGGUGUUGGUGAAGAAAUACCAAGUGUGCGAUCUGGAUUCCUCAACGGAUCUCUGUGAAUCGCUCCCCGAGAUUGAAGCGAGGUUCUGUGAGAAAGAUGUGCUGAUCAGCAUCCACUGUGAGAAGAGAAAAGGGGUUUUGGAGAAAAUCGUUGCUGAGAUUGAGAAGAAGCUCCAUUUAUCAGUUGUCAACAGCAGCGUCAUGACUUUCGGAGAUUCUGCUCUCAACAUAACAAUAAUUGCACAGAGGGAUGAUGAAUCCAGUCUGGAUAUGAAGGAACUGGUGAAGAAUUUACGCGGUGCUCUCAGAAUAUGAAGGAUUAUUAACGCAAGUUGGUGAUAUAUAUAAUAUAGUCUUUUUAUCCAGAUGAGCUGUUGUGUUUUGCCUAAUUUCCUGUUGAAUAGCUCUCCACCAUUUUAGAUGGCAUCAUCACCUCUAGAGUUUUGUUAUGGGGUUCAUUUUGAAGAAGGGUUUUAUUUUUAGCUCUCUGAGCUUUUUUUCAUGGUUCCAAAUAGCUUGGGCCAUGUUUUUAUACUUACCCUUCUGUUGUACUCUACCCCAUAGCCUAGUUAGCUAGGGUUUUCAUUUUGGUGGAUGGUCACACAGGAAUUCAGGUUGUUGGUUUUUGAGACUUUUAAUAAUCAGCCUUUUCCUAAUUAUGUAAAAUUAAUAUAUUGUCAUCUGUUUUUGUUCAAUAAUUGAUAUCUAUAUAUAUUCACAGUU